UCCUUUCAUCAGAAUGGAUGGAGCCGGUGGUGUCUCUCUCUCUCGCACGGCGCACACACGCAUAAAGAAUGGCAUCACCACCAUCGCUUGUGCCGAGACUCGCUGGCCCAGGUGAAGCUGAGCGAUGUUGCCGCAUCCCCAUUAUUCUGCAGGGGCGGCGGUAUAGGAAGGAGCCCGCCGCUCUACAUCGUUGUGGGGCAACGCCCAUGCUCGCCGUAUCCUUGGUGGCGGGUGAGUUUUUCCGUUCUGUAAACUAAAGAGAGUUAUCGUUGUGCGCUAGCAGGACCUCGUCGCUGCCAGGGUGCUCCUCCGUAAACGCCGUGACGUCUUGCAUCUGAGGAGAACAUGUGGACUAGAGGAGCGGCUGGGCUGCUCCGCCGCCGAGGGCUCGCAGAGGAAAGGGAGGCACUGUCCUCAUGCACGGCCACAGCGGCCCAAGCGCCUUUGCCGGUGACUGCAAAACGGAGGAGCAGGACCGUGGGACUGUACGAGGAUAAGGGCACGGGCAAAAUCAACUUUUCCCAGGGCUGGAAAUCGAAAAGAAAGAAGAAAAGAAGGGAAAUAAAGAAAAGGGGAGGAAAAAAACCUUAAAUGAAAAAAUUCUCAUGCUCGGUGUUAAAUUGCGGAAAGCACGCAAAUUGGGUGUCAAUUUCUGAAAAACGUACCAACCGAGACCCAAGUACUACUGAAAUUUCUCACUUCUGCACCGCCGCCGCCGUAAUGGCGAGAGACAGAUCUCCGACGAAUUCGCCGCCGGCGAAACGCCGCAAGGACUCCAGCACCACCACUACCAUCGCUUCCCUCGGCGAGGACAUCCUGCUCGAGAUCUUCCUCCGCCUCCCCUGCCUCGCCACGCUCGUCCGCGCCGCCCUCACCUGCCGCGGGUGGCGCCGCGCGGUGGCCUCCUCCCCGGCCUUCCGCCGCCGCUUCCGCCAGCUCCACCCGGCGCCCCUCCUGGGCCUCUUCUUCAACCCCCCUGGCGCCGUCCAGGAACCUGGGCUCCCCGCCUUCCCCUCCUUCGUCCCCACCCGCGGCACCGACCGGGACCAAGCCGCGGCCGUGCGGGGCGGCGACUUCUUCCUCACCUCUCUCCAGGAGCGCCCCGGAGUCCUCAACGGCUGGGACAUCCACGACUGCCGCGGCGGGUACGUCCUCCUCGCCAAUGGUGGUCAGGAAACAAUGGCGGUGGUCAAUCCCUUGGCGCGACGGAGCGAAAGGUUCUUCGAUUCCCUUGACGGUCACCGCGUCUACGCCGUGGGACAUAGAGCCUGCUUGCUCUGCUCCGACGAAGACCCCACGGCGUUCCGCGUGGUCAUUGUUGCCCAUGACAAGUCCAGGGACUUGGUACGGGCUACUGUCUUCUGCUCGGACACCGGCGAGUGGUCCGUUCGCCCGUGGGUGCAUAUCCCGGGGAAGCCACGGCGCGGCCGCGGAGAAGGGUGGAUGAGCUGCAACAUGCAGGCUAAAGGAUUCUUGUACUGGGUUUACAAGAAUCGCAAGUAUAUGCUCACACUGGACACUGCAACAAUGGAUUUCUCUGUCGAUGAGCUCCCUAUUUUCCUGCAGAAUCGAUUCUGCAGCUUUGUUGUGGGUGAAAUGAAAAAUGGUGAGCCCUGUAUUGUCUAUGCUAUUAACUUCAUAGUCGGCGUGCUGUUGCGCAGAACAGAGAAACAUGGCGUUGAUAGGUGGGUGCUGGACAGGGCCGAACCCUUGGAGACACAGCUUUGUCGGGUCCUUGGCAAAGUAACGUUGGACUACAAUAAGGUGAAGGUUGUGGCAGUAAGGGAUGGCUUUGUGUACUUGGCAACAUCAGAUGACUUAAAUGAUUCCAGAACUCCUAGUUGGUUCUUGUCCCUCUGCUUGGAAACCAUGAUAUUGGAGAAGCUUUUUCAGAGGACGUAUGACAGUUCGGUUCAUCCCUACGUUAUGCAAUGGCCGCCUUCUUUAGUAGGUAACUAUGGGAGGUUUGCACCUGAAGAUGGUACAUGAAAUGCAUGGGCAUGACUACCCACCAAACGUGAUGCAAGGAAGAAGAGGGGCAGCUAGUAGAACCAACCUCCUAAGAUGGGAUGCCAUGAUAACUACAUUCUUCUGAAGCUGCAUCAUGCUGAAGAAUCACAUCUAAUUCCAUGAUGCUGAAGAUUCUGUAUUUCUGUCACCAGUCAAUCAUACAAGUUGAUCUUUUGGCGCUUGUUAUUUAUGUUCAAUUACCAGUUUUCAUGAUUGGUGUGAUGGUUCUGAACUUGACUCUUUAUUAAGUUCGCUACUGAGCCUUUUUUA